UAUGUCAUUUCCGAUGACCCUUCUUCCCAAUCUCCUCCUCUUCUUCCUAAUCCUACUUCCGCCUUCCCACGCCCAGCAAAACGCCACUGCAUCAUGUCCCCUCGACUUCUCCAUCCUCCGCCCUUUCAUCACCAACUCAAACCCCCCCACCCUUGACGUCUCCACCACGUGCCAGCACAUUCGCCAGGGGCUGCGUCUCGUUCAGUCCCACUACCUCCAGCUCACCAACUCCUUCCUGCUACCUCUCCACUCGUCUGAGCCUUGCUUGCAAGCUUACCAAUCCCUCCUCGCCCCGUUCCUCCCUAAUUUCGAUAUCCGUACAUCUUGUGGGUUCCAGACUGAAUGGGGCUCUCGUAGGUGUAUGAACAUCACCACCAAAUCCCAAUUCGAAGCCCUGAUUCCCAACUCCACCAUGGAAGAUGUCGUCUCCAAUUGUAAUCAGUCGCUGUUAAACGGAUCGCCCUGUGCGUUGUGUACGCAGGCCUUGGCGAACUUGCUGGCGUGCUACUUGCCGGGUCCAAAUGUCUCCGAUUGCACAACCUAUACAUUGACUUACGCAGCGGCUUUUGUAAACCAUUAUGGGCCAACUGAUAAAGUUACUGCCUCUUGUUUGUUUGCACUUGAUUUCUCUGGUAGUAGCAGUGGUAAUAAGAAGAGGAAAGUUAUGAUUUUAGUCGUCUUGAUUGGAGUUGGUGUUGGGUUAGUCAUAGUGAUUGGUGGGUGUUGGUUUAUUUAUAGAAAACAUAAGCAUUUGAAGAUGAAAAAUUUGAGAGAUAGAGCCAGGAAUCUUGAGAUUGGAACGGGGUUGAUUAGAGAGAGUACUACCUUGGUUAAGUUCGGGUUUGAUGAGAUUAAGAAGGCAACUAAAAAUUUUUCGAGGGACAACAUAAUUGGGAGUGGAGGGUAUGGAAAUGUGUACAAGGGCGUCUUGCUUGAUGGCUCUGAAGUUGCAUUGAAGAGAUUCAAGAAUUGUUUUGCAGUUGGUGAUGCAAAUUUUACUCAUGAAGUUGAGGUUAUUGCGAGCGUGAGACAUGUCAAUCUUGUUGCUUUGAGAGGGUAUUGUACUGCUACAACUCCGUUGGAGGGUCAUCAGAGGAUAAUAGUUUGUGACUUGAUGAAGAAUGGAAGUCUCCAUGACCAUUUAUUCGGAUCCAAGGAGGGGAGACUUAGUUGGCCUAUACGGGCAAAGAUUGCACUAGGGACGGCCAGGGGGCUGGCUUAUUUGCAUUAUGGGGCACAACCAGGAAUCAUCCAUAGAGAUAUCAAAGCAAGUAACAUACUCUUGGAUGAAAAGUUUGAGGCCAAGGUAGCUGACUUUGGACUUGCUAAGUUUACUCCUGAGGGGAGGACACACCUGAGUACUAGAGUGGCUGGGACAAUGGGGUAUGUUGCACCUGAGUAUGCAUUGAACUUCUAUCCUAAAUGCUGCAACAAUCAAUGCCCUGGCUACAAUAAUAUUGGAGUUGGACUGAUGAUCUUCCAACAAUUUGGAGGAAUCAAUGGGAUCUGCUUCUACGCCAGCAAUAUUUUGAGUCAGCAGAAAUGAAAUAAAUCAUUUCUUCCUGGAAUCAAAGUUAAAAAAUUUGCAAAUCAGAAAUCUUGAGAGAUGGGAAAUUCUUUUAGAGAAGAGAAUCUGGCUGGCAGAAGUUUGAUAUAUGGCGUGUGUUUUAGGAAUAUUUCAUUCCAUUUUUUGCACCUUUUGUAAUGGAAAUGGGGUUUUAUCAAGGCAGAAGGAAUGUAUAAAGAUUAAAGACAUCAUCUCUUAGGAGAAGAAGGGAUCAAAAACAAGAGAGAAGUAUCAACUUUCUCUGAGUAAAAUUAUCUCUAAAGA